AUGUUCCGAAGAUACGCCCUCGGCUUCUCGAGCGUGGGACGCCAGCUCUCAACCAUGAGUUCCAGCACGCCCAUGGAGGAUGCCAUCCGCGCCAAGAUCAUGGCGGCGCUCAACCCGCAGACGCUCGAGAUUUACAAUGACUCGCACCUGCACGCACACCACAAGCCCAUGCAGGGCAGCACCUCCAAGGAGACUCACUUCAGGCUGGUCAUCACGUCCACCGCCUUCCAGUCCAAGAUGCAGCCCGCUCGCCACCGCAUGGUCUACGCCCUGCUGCGCGACGAGAUGGCUCAGGAAAACGGCAUUCACGCCCUCCAGCUGCGUACCCUGACGCCCGACGAGGAGGAGCGUCAAAAGAAGAAGCAGGCCGAUGCUGCCGCUGCCAAGGAGGGUAACGCUGCUGCUGCCUCUGCCUCGACCGCCGGUGAGCCGUGA